CCUAAAAACCCUCACAAAACCCUAAACCUUGUGUUGUGUCUUCUUUUUCUUAGCUAUGGAAAGGGUGCUAACAGGCGGAAAGGGCAUUGUGAGGCCGAAGACAAAGAUAGUUUGCACCUUAGGACCAGCUUCCAGGUCGGUGGAGAUGAUCGAGAGGCUUUUGAAAGCUGGUAUGAACGUUGCUCGUUUCAACUUCUCCCAUGGUUCCCAUGCAUACCACCAGCAAACCUUGGAUAAUCUAAGGACCGCUAUGCUCAACACCGGCAUCCUUUGUGCUGUCAUGUUGGAUACUAAGGGACCGGAGAUCCGAACCGGGUUUUUGAAGCAUGGGAAGCCCAUACAACUCAUUCAGGGUAAAGAGAUUACUAUCAGCACUGACUAUAGCAUAAAGGGUGAUGAGAAUACAAUCUGUAUGAGUUACAAAAAGUUGGCUCAAGAUUUGAAGCCUGGGAGUGUUAUUUUGUGUUCUGAUGGGACAAUCACAUUCACUGUCUUGGAUUGUGACAAGGAAUUGGGAUUGGUCCGCUGUCGUUGUGACAACUCUGCUGCUCUUGGUGAAAGGAAGAAUGUCAAUCUUCCAGGUGUUGUGGUUGAUCUUCCAACAUUAACAGACAAGGACAAAGAGGAUAUCUUGCAAUGGGGUGUUCCAAAUAAGGUUGACAUGAUUGCCUUGUCUUUUGUUCGUAAAGGUUCGGAUCUUGUGGAGGUCCGAAAGCUGUUGGGAAAGCAUGGAAAGAACACUCUUCUAAUGUCAAAGGUUGAAAAUCAAGAAGGGGUUACUAAUUUUGAUGAUAUUCUAGCAAAUUCAGAUGCAUUUAUGGUUGCAAGAGGUGAUCUUGGGAUGGAGAUCCCAAUUGAGAAGAUAUUCCUGGCUCAAAAACUGAUGAUUCUUAAGGCCAAUAUACAAGGAAAGCCUGUGGUGACUGCAACUCAGAUGCUAGAGUCUAUGAUCAAAUCUCCAAGGCCGACUCGAGCCGAAGCCACUGAUGUUGCCAAUGCGGUUCUCGAUGGUACCGACUGUGUCAUGCUAAGUGGAGAAACUGCUGCUGGAGCAUACCCUGACCUUGCUGUUAAAACCAUGGCCAGAAUUUGCACGGAAGCUGAAAACUUUAUAAACUAUGGGGAUCUUUUCAAGAGAAUAAUGGAGAGUGCACCAAUGCCUAUGAGCCCAUUAGAGAGUUUGGCUUCCUCAGUUGUGAGGACAGCCGAGUCCAUUAAAGCCUCUUUAAUUUUGGUCCUAACCAGAGGUGGAACCACGGCAAAGCUGGUGGCUAAGUAUAGGCCAAGUGUGCCUAUUUUGUCUAUGAUCAUCCCAGAGAUAACAACAGAUUCCCUUGAGUGGUCAUGCAAUGAUGAAGCUCCAUCACGGCAUUGCCUUAUUUUCAGGGGUCUGAUCCCGGUUUUGAGCUCCGGUUCGGCAAAAGCUUCUUACGCCGAGUCUACUGAGGAAACAACCAAGUUUGCCCUUCAAUAUGGUAAGGAAAAGGGGCUAAUCAAACCUGGAGAUUCAGUUGUGUCUUUGUACCCUUCAGUGAUUAAGAUCUUGACAGUUAGUUAGCUUAUGAUUUGAUUUUAGCUUAGUUUUGGUAGCUUCUUUAAUCAACAUGUUUGAUUGAAUGUCGGAGAACAAUUUUCACAUGAAUGAGGAAAUAUUUAAUUUGAUUUGUCCUUUUUUCAA